AUGAUGAUACCACUCCCUGGCACAACUAGCGCACUGGCCAAGCUUUACAUGGCGCCCUGUUCUAUUCCUCCUGAGAGCUUGGAUCUAUUCCAGACGAUCAACCGGAUGUGCAUGCAAACUGCAAUCUUUCUCUUCCAGGACCGCGCGCCCCUCUGCCCUCGGAUUGCCCUGUCCUCCAACACGUCUUCGGUGCGUCAGCUUGUGAAUCGCUAA